AUGAUAUUGUGGUUUUUGGAAAGUCUUGGGAAGAACACUGCGAGAAUCUUAAGAGUGUUCUUCAAAUUUGUCUCUGAAGUUGUCAAAGUGAAGUUCAUUAAGGGAUAUUCAAACAUUUCUAGUGCUUUGGUAGAUUUAACCAAAGGGGAUAAGACAUCAACUAAUAAGAAAAAUUUGCUAUGGACUCCUCAGGCUGUUGACACUUUUGAGAAGUUAAAAGGUACGCUGAGUGAUGACAUAGUGCUCAGGUUUCCUGACUUCAAGAGAAAGUUUGUGCUAGUGAAUGAUGCUAGCAAGUUUGCAUUAGGAAGUGCCUUACAGCAGGAGGAGGAUGAGGGUGCAUUGCGACCAUUAUCAUAUUUCAGUCGUCAGCUAAGGGGAGCUGAACUAAAUUACUCGACUGUUGAGAGGGAGGCUUUGGCUAUCGUGUUUGGCUUGAAGGUAAACCGGACUCUUAUACAGGGAUAUCCAGUGGAAAUUCAUAGUGACCAUAAGCCACUAGUUUACUUGUUUGAGAAUAGGGAUGGAUCGGAUCGUCUGGCCAGGUGGAGGAUGACUGUGGCCAAUUUUGACAUUCGAUUACGGUAUCUCCCUGGUAAGGACAAUGUCUUGGCGGACGCAUUAUCCCGGAUUCGAGAGGCAGACCACUCAUUAGACGAUUUGUUGGUGGGGGGUUAUUACCCGGGGCGUCGUAAAACUCAGAGGGGACAUUCCGGUAUGUCUGACACGUCCCAGGAAGUUGACCCUUUGAGAGUUUUACAGGAUUAUCAACUUCAUUUGGUUGGCUUGUUAUACAAUGUGAUGGUAAAUCCAUACAAUAUGAAGAUAUGCAGGGUUAUAGUACCCCUACAGUUGCAGGAUACAGCAGUUCAGCUGGCACACAGUUUGCCGGUCUCUGGCCAUGGAGGGGUUUUAGCAACACUGGUCCGGUUUAGGAAAUUUGCAUUCUUUUCGGGAAUGAGAAGGGUAGAGUCCUGCAAACAGUGUGAAGUUUGCAUUCGUUGCAAGCCAGGACGGGAGGUACCGGUGCCACUCCUACAUUUUCCGGAUGUGACUCAUCCUUUCCAGAGAGUACACAUGGAUCUUGUGGGACCCUUCCCAUCUUCACAUUCUUCUGUAAGAAUCUCUAAUGAGCAGGUAGAAAGAGUAAAUGGGGUUCUAACAAAGAUUUUGAGAACAAUGGUUGUGGAUAAUCCAGAAAAUUGGAGCCUAAUGUUGCCAAUGGCCACGCUGGCAUACAAUACUGCUUAUCAUCGUAUAAUCAGGGAUUCUCUACUUUUUGCAUUAAAGCAAAGGGAUCCACAGUGA